UUGAUGGUUCGUAAAUCCAUUAAUAUUAUUUCAAACGACUUCCCAAUUUUUAGUUUCAAAUUUUAAAUAGCUCCCCUCCUCUUUAGAAGAUCCAUAAAAAUGAGUGAUGUGCUCCGAAACCUUCAAGAAUUUCGAAAAGAGAAAGAGAAAAUAAAGUUAAAAGAAAGGCAAGAAGUCGAGCAAACUACACAAAAAGACGUGGAAAAUGUGAUAAAGAAAGAAUCGCCGAAUGGACGGGAAUGGAACUUUUUGACAAAGGCUGAGCCGGUGCCAGAGGAUUAUGAAGAGCAGUCUGUGGUCUCUACACGAAUCGCCGUGGUUGUAUACGUAGUUGGUCAAGCUCUGGCUGCAUGGGUCCAAUUCGGAGCGGUCUUCUUCAUUCUAUCACUCAUUCUUUUCACAUAUUGGAACACUGGAAGACGGCGACGCGGCGAGAUGAGUGCCUAUUCAGUAUUCAACGACAAUUGUGAGCGUCUCGCUGGAAGUAUGACUGCUGAACAUUUCGAAAGAGACAUGCUCCGACAGAGGCGGUGAUGUAAAGAUCACAAUUUGGUAUAAAAAAUCUUCUUCUUCCCUCACGCCGUCCCCACACGCCAUAAUUCACCAUAAUCGAAAAUUCUGUGAUAAAAUUGUCUCCAACAUGGGUUUUUACAUUCCUUUUCGCGUUCAAUAAACUGGUUAUCUCCAAUGUUUAUAG